AUGUCAGAUGACAUGUCGGUGUGGAAAUGGCUCGCCUUUACGUUGACUGCUGUGGCUGGUAUGGCGGCUAUUGGUAUUGCUUCAAUUGCCGUCUUGAAUUAUGUGGAAGGCCCACGAAUCGAGCGCAAGGCCUUGUAUGUACCACAGGAACCCUCGGCACCUCUUGAUUUAUGGCAGGAUUCACGACCUUCCCGAGCACAGCUUGCAGGUUAUAGCGUUGAGGAGUUAGUAUCUCUGGCCAUUGAUAUAUCACGGGUGUGGUCUCAAAACCUCGAAGGACUUCGCAAUGAGGCAAUGAAGGCCUGA